AUGCUGUCCAUGUUCAAGAACAAAAAGGGGUUCUCGGUGCUCUUCCAUGGUGAAGAGGAGGCGAGACAGUCCGACCAGGUGACGGAGUCAUCGGUGCUUCCCCGCCCCUCCGCCCAACUCCGUGAUAGCGCAGCUCGUCCGAAUGGGAGCGGAGUCGCGCAGUAUCCUUGUCAGCGGUGCUCAAAGCGCUUCUCUGCUCUAGAAUCUGACGACGAAACGGAGGCGGCGUACCAGUGCUACCGCUGUCAGUAUCCUACAUGUCCACAGUGUCGCGAGCCGGCGGCGGGCUUCCCGCCGUGGGUGUGCUGCGUCUGCAGCGGCUUCAAGUCGAUGAUGUGGCUCCUGGAGAGGACGCGAGCGGGGCCCAUGCUGGUAACAAGGAUUGUGGAAUACUGCGAUCCACGUGGGCAGCGGCUGAUGCGGUCGAUGUUCCGAUUUACGUUGCAGCAGUAUCACUCGCCGACGCCGCGCCUUUCGAUCACGCUCGCGGGACGUGCGAGUGACGGUCACGCUGGCAGCGGCCCGCCAUCCAGCUCGCGGCCGGCUUCGCAGACGCCGCCCGCCUGCCCAACCCCUAGAACAUGGACGAGCUCGCGCCUGUCCGGCGAACGCAGCAGUGUCCGCCUCAGUCAGGUGCCCGCGAGCUUCAGCAACGUACGCCGACCGUCGUCGUGUACGCACCCCAAGCGCGCAUCACUGCUGCGCUCGGUGCGUCAGUCGCACUCGGACGCGGCACUCGCCUUCGAUGCCGGCACCGGGGCUGGAGCAGAAGACGCGAUUAAGGAAAACUCCCCUGCGGUCGAGCGCGGCGUCCGCGGCUCUGAAGUGCUGCGCCGCAUCGAGGAGGCCGUCGGUGUCGUGGAGUACUCGCCCGAGUCGACAUGGCGGACACCAUGCGACCCGGGCACAGAGGCGGAGAACAAUGACGAGCCCUUGUCGUUGCUCCCGGAUGGCGGUGCGCGCUUUUCACUGCUGGAAGAUCGCUGCACCGCUGUAGCCAACAUCUACAGCGUUGGAACACCCCACGUGUCGUCAGUCGGCUCGACUUUACGGGCAGUCGUAGUGGAGUCGGAGGCGCCGUCGCCGCACGCGCGUCCGAGCGGACAUGCCGCAUUUCAGCGCGAAGCGCUGCAGCCGCAACUGGCGAGCACCAACUGCACCACAACGCCGACGGAGGGCGAGAGUGUCGUUCUGCCAGCGACCGCCGCUCUUGCGCCUGAGGCGUCGUGGAGGAGGAUGACUCCUCCCCAGGAACCCUGCCGCCUGGGCCACAGCGUGAGCCCCACCUCUAGCGGGUCAGGCCGCAGUGCUAGUCCGGCACCGCGCUUUCCUACCUUUGGGCAGUUCUUGGACGAACACGUCGGCAUGAGUGCCGGUGACACACACCUGCCACGCGACUCGAACGUGUUGGUGACGGUAUCGCCCGAAACAGAGAACAGUGACGAGGAUAGCGGUGGUGUGAUCGAGCUUGGCGGCGGGCGGUGUGUCGACCGCCUCGCGACCACCGGCGGCAAAGCCAACGAAGGACUGCACACGCCACGUGGCGUGCAGCCGCAGACUCCUUUGUCGACUGGCGGCGGCGGCUCAUCGGGCUUUCGUGGCGCACGCCGCACAAGUGGACUGAGCGAGUUCACCCCUACUCGAGUGCUGGACAUGUCGAGCGCGCGCGUCACGCUUCACCGCCGCAGCUCCAGUCGCCGCCGUACCACGCGAGGAAGCCUGCAAGAGAUCCAGGCCCCCCAUCUCUACGGUGAGAGCAGCGCUAAGACCAGCGCGGCAGGAAACGCACGGCGCAGCGGACAGAUGCACGAGUCUCCAUAUAUGUACGACCUGCCGACCCAGUUCGGUUCUCACGGAAAACCAGCAGGCCCGGCGAACGGGCAGCUGCGGCGCCAGAAUGCGCCGCUGGCCACGCGUACCGCAGGCCGUGCGCUCGGCAGCGAUGGCCGCCAGCGGCUGGUGCGGCAGCACUCUCGCACCGUAGCGCCGCCGCAGCGCACCGCCUCUCGCAACAACGCGCUGCAGCGGAUGCCCUCACGUAACGGGGCGCUGGCUCGAACGAACUCCUCCUUCGCGCAUCUGACGCGCACCGCUUCCUCACACGGCUACGGCCCCUCCUUUGCGCGGACGAACAGCACCACCGCGCACGCCCUGGCCAGCACACCCGCCGAACGUGGUCAUCUCACCGGAGGCGGCGCGGGCUGCGGACGCCUGCAGCGCACCGAUUCGGUAAAGCUCACGGGCAUUGGCGCGGGCUAUGGUGCGGCAGCGCGUGCCGCACCGCAACGCACUGCCGUUUUGGAGCGCACGCACUUGGGCUACGGGAUACCACCUGCUGCCGCCGGCGCUUCGUCCUUGUACUCCUCUCCUCUCAAACGAACUCUCUCGUCCUUGUCACCGCUGAAGCGCACCACAUCGAAUGUGUGCCUUCGAAGUGACGGCUCGGCGCCAUUUGGCCGAAGACAAUACGUUUCGGGUCUCACGCGUUCCGUGACGACCAACAUCGGUUUUGCCCGUACCAGCUCCGCCACCGCGUCCCGGGGCGGCGCGCCGUCUCGCCACGCCCCUCGGACUUUCGGGCGUACGGCCACCGGCACGGACCUAUACCAGUUCUCGCGCGGCCGCAUUUAUGAAGGACCUCGUUGCCGUCCUGUGCCGACUUUCCUGGCGUCGUCUGCAGCCGUGUGCGGAAGGGGAAGGGGAGCACCGAGCAUCUACCACCGUGUUGUGGGUACCUCUCCAGUGCGGGGCACCCCUACUGCUGCGCGCACGACGACGCCAACGAUGGGCCGCAGACGCUUCCCAACGUCAACGGCGUUCUCUCGCACCGGCACGGGGACGCGUAACUUUGAGCGUCAGCACAGCAACGUUCUGCGCGAGUCUGCAUAUCGCUCUGGUGGGGUAGUGCGGCGGACAGUCGACCCAGCGCCAACGCUAGUCGGUGCGACGCGACGCAAGGCUGUUGGAAGCGGGCUGCACCGCACUCCGUCGGCGACUGGUGCCGCCAACGGCGCCGCUGUAACGCCACGCACCCCCCGUCGGUACAUCAUUGCGAGUGUCUCGACGGCUGCGACGCCAGUUGCAGUCAAUGGCGGCGGAUCGCACAGCGUAUUGAGGCCGGUGCUGUCAUCGGUUGCCAGUAGCCCAAAGCCGCGUAGCAGCCACGACUCCAAUGCCAGCGGCGGGACGGCCGGCUACAGCAGCUAUACGGGCAGCGCACAUGCAGAGUCGGAGAAAGCGGGUGUUGUCGAGCCUGGGAUUGGGCAGACAAGCGGGCAGCGAUGUCGCCCGCUUGUCGGAGCCACCACUGUGAAGGAAAAGGCUCCCUUGCACGUGGCAACGCUGAACCGCCGUGCGGCGGCUGCCUCUGCCUCUGCCGCUGCCACUGCACCCCGCAGGACUGGGAGAGCAGCGCAGGCGAGUCCCUUCGCGAGACAGAACAGUCGCCUCAAUUUCUGA